AUGAGUAAGGCCCUGGACCGCAUCUUCCAGUCGCCUUUCACGCGCAGAAUAGAGGAAGCAGAACUUCCUCGGCGGUUCCAUCAACCAACCUUUGCCAUAUACAAUGGUCGGACAGACCCAGUAGAGCAUGUAAGUCAGUUUAAUCAGAGGAUGGCCGUCCAUUCCAAGGACGAGGCGUUGAUGUGCAAGGUGUUUCCAUCCAGCUUGGGACCUAUGGCGAUAAGAUGGUUUGAUGGCCUUAAGCCAAAUUCCAUAAAUUCCUUUAAGCAGCUGACACAGGCCUUUGGCUCCCGUUUCAUUACCAGCAGCAGAGUCCCUCGGCCCCUGGAAUCCCUCCUAUCCCUGUCCAUGCGAGAAGGAGAGACACUGAAGGCCUAUUCAGACAAGUACUGGGAAAUGUACAAUGAGAUAGAGGGAAACUACGACGACGUUGCCAUUAGCACAUUCAAAAGGGGCCUACCGACAGAACACGGUUUAAGAAAAUCCCUGACUGGGAAGCCGGUCACUAGUGUGCGUCAACUCAUGGAUAGAAUUGACAAGUACAAAAGGGUCGAGGAGGACCAGCAGACGGGGAAGGGCAAAGCGAAGGUUGUCCCUUAG